AUGGCCGGGGAAGCUGAACUUGAAGAGGUGGAUGUGAAUGAGAAGGACUUGUACAAAAUCCUUGGGGUCUCGAAAGGGGCCAAAGCAGACGAGCUCAAGAAAGCUUAUCGACAAAAAUCGUUGAAGUACCAUCCCGACAAGAACCCGUCACCAGAUGCGAAGAUCAAGUUUCAGAGAAUUGCGGAAGCGUACUCAGUCUUGUCCGACGACAAGAAACGCCUCAAGUAUGACAAGUCUGGCGACAUGGAUUUGGAGGACUUCGACAUGGAUCAGUUUUUGAACAUGUGGGUGGGUGAGAUGAUGGAAGAUGGGGGCAUCGUGGACGACAUGAUGCAGUCUGUGCUUCCAUGGAGGGACGAUCACGAGAAGAUGCAGCAAUUCAUGGAGGAGAAUAUCGUCUCCGUGGGUGGGAAGCUUCAGUGUCAGAUUUGUGGACACACUGGCUCCAAUAAGCGGCUGAUGAUGAUCCACUUCGAGCGGAAGCACCUCCACGACUGUGAGGAGUGGGCGAAGGAAACCAUCAAAAGCAUGAAGAGCUCGUUUGAGUCCUUCAUGAAGCAAGUCACUGGCAUUGGCGACCCUUCUGGGGAGUUCUUACUGCCCGACGGCACCAAAGCAGAUGUGUCGAAGGUGCCAGUCCCAGACAUACGGGCCCACAUGCAAAAGCGGGUGGACAAGGCAAAGGUGUUGGACGAGGUGCUUGAGAUGUAUCGUGUCGUGGCUGGUUCCGAUCUCGCCGGCAAUGACGGACCUGUCGCUGCUGAGGAGCAAAGCGAAGUCAAGCGGCCAACUGCUUUGCCAGAGCCGAAGAAGCUCGCAGAUAUUUUGGGAGUUCCCCUAGAGGAGGCACAGGCAUUGAGAGAAGAUAAGCCACGGCUUCUGCGCCGCUUGCAGAACCGUAUUGAGGAGUUGAACGAGGAGGAAGAUGAAGCAGAGGACCUACUGCAACCCAUGGGCGGAUUCCCAGAAGGCAUGGGUUUCGGCUUGGACGGCCUGGAUGGGCUGGAGGAAUUGCUUGGUGCGUCGGGCAUGCCACCGGCCCUUCAGCGGCUGCUGGGUGAGGAUGCCGACCUCGAAGCACUCAAGGAUGUUCUUGGGUCGCCUGGCUCCUUCCCGCCAGACUUUCUGCAAAGGGGUCCUGACCCCGGAAGGAUGCAGGACUUCUCGGAGAUGUCUCUGCAAAGACUGCUGGGAGGGCCAGGCGGACCAGGCCUCGAAGAGCUGCAGGCGGCCAUGUUGCACGUUUACCUGCUGGCCGUGGCUCAGUGGCGGCAACUCCUGACCGCAGAAAGCUUUGAAUCGCUGCGUGCUGAUCUGGCAGAGUUCCAUCACCGGAUGAAGGUCAAGCUGGAUGGUCUUCAAAGCACCCUUUCCACACCAGAAGGCGGCACAGAGCAAGCUACGGAGAUCGAGGAAGAUGUUCCUGUAUCCGAGCCGAGAGCCCUGCUCGGCCGCAAAAAGACGAAUCAGGAUGAACUCGGCGACUUCUCCAGGCGCUAUGCCGUUUGCUUUGGGGCACCUUUCAGCAGAGAGAUGAGACUUCACUCCAGAUGGAUGGAGCGAUCAUAUCGAGAUGGCAGCCUCGACUCUGUAAAGACGCGGAUGCGGGAGUCAUCCCAGGCCUUUAUCGAGAGCGAGCAGCUCCAGCCGAACAAGGAAACAGUUUCACGCCUGGCUCCGUGGCAUCCAGAUGGCCGAUUUCGCCUCGUGUGGGAUGCGAUGGGCUCCUUCCUCGUUCUUACCGACGCCUUCAUCUCGCCAGUGGCUUUGGCUUGGGACAUUCCGCAUUCCUCUAACGUUGGCCUGACGCUUAUGUUCUGGUGCGGGCUGAUUUUCUGGUCAUGUGACAUCGCCGCGAACCUCAACACAGCCAUAUAUGUGCGAGGGAGGCUGGUGCGUGACCGGGCCGCGAUUGCCUUGAGCUACCUGAGCACUUGGGCAAUUUUCGACGUGUCCCUUGUCACGCUAGACCUGGCAAAUGCUUUCGCAGCAGAUACUAUUUCCGCCGCAGCAGCAUUCCGUUUGGCCAGAGUCAUUCGAGCCUUCCGCCUCCUGCGGCUGUUGAAGAUUGCGCGACUACAGACUGUCGUGCAGGAACUUGCAGCAUCCACUGGGCGGCAGUGGCUCAUGCUCGUAAUUGCCAUCAUCAAUACCACUUUUGUGCUUCUCGUACUCGCGCACAUGCUGACCUGCAUUUGGGUUUGGCUCGGACGAAGCACGCAGUCAGAGGGCAGAGAGAGCUGGAUCGACAUCAAUGGAGCGGCAACACUUUCUAUUCCUUUGCAGUAUCUGCAUUCCUUGCGGUACGUCAUGAAUUCUCCGUCCCCGCCGACGAUAGCGCCAGACAAUGGUCAGGAGCGACUGUUCGACAUUCUGACGUAUUGGUUUUCAAUCUUGGUGAUGGGUACGACGAUUUCAACCAUUGCCGGAUCUCUUCACGACCUCCGCGCCAUGAACGAAGCUCGUGCACGGCAACGCCGGGAGGUCCGACUCUACUUAACAGGCCAGAACGCCUCCUAUGAGCUCGUUUCCAGAAUCAUGAAGUUUGUGGACUACAAGCUAGAAAGGACUCUGGCAGUUCAACUUGACCCGACAUUGAUUUCUCCGACUCUGCAAGCGGAGCUCUUCGUUUCGCAAAGAUCUACUUUCUUGUGCAAUAUUCCAAUAUUUUCUGUCACAGCAGACGUAUACCCGGAUGUUUUCGCCAAGAUCUGUGCGGCCCUGCAGAAGCAGGCCUACGAGAAAGGAGAGUGUGUCUUCAUGGUGGGGGACUUGGCAGACCAGUUGCACAUCACGGCGGCGGGCGUUUUCGAGCUCGACGAGGCGCCAAUGAAGAAUCAUCCCAAAAGAAUCCAGGGGGAAGAGGCCCACUGGUUCUCAGAGAUUGGCCUUUAUGCGGAGUUUGUGCUCCACACGGCGACGCUGAGGGCCCGCAACAUCGCUGAGGUGUUUACUCUAACGGGCGACGACUUGCUGCUGUGUGUGCAUGGCUCACCAAGCUCUAUGGCCAUGUUCUAUGAGUAUGCCAGGGACUUCCUCGCGAUGCAGGAAAGCAGCCACGAUAAACAUCAUCGCCAAGUGGAAUAUGCACAGCUUUGCUGUGACAAGAACGCACACUACCGAAGCCUUCGCCCUGAUGAGAGAAAGCUCUUUCACAACAUGGACGUGAGACGCCAUGUGCAAGAUUUGCAGCACACAGAAAGUCCACAGGAUCCAUGGGAGCGCUUAGCUGGUCUGAUGAGUGAUGUCAGAAGCCAAAACCAAGAUGCAGGGCUGGAUGCCUCCGAAGUGGGCAGGCAGCUGCAGACCCUGCUGCCCGAGCUCCACUGUGCUGUGGGUUCCUACGCGGUGUUCGAGGAGUUUGCUGCCAGGGAUCAGGCAGAGUCUGCCUGCGUGAGCACUGUCGCUCUGCUUUGCAACCGGUACGACAUCUACACGGAGCAGCAGCCUGAUGGCGACAAGCUCUCCUUGUCGCAGUGGGAGCAGCUCCAGGCUCUAGUGAAGUGGUCGACGCCCUCGCAGGGUGAAAAGUUUGCCGUGCUCGUACUUCUUGGCAUCAGAGCCUUGGGUAAAUCCAGAGCUGUGCGGCAGCAAGCGUCUCAGGGAGAUCCAGACCGUGCUGUUUUGUAUCUCAUGGACUCAGCACGAAAAGUCGUGCCUUCGGUUGAAUGCCUGGAAGGCAGAGACCCUUCAAUGGUUGACCUGCUGCAAGAAACCGUGCUUGCCCAGGAAGUCUUCAAGCUUGCCCAGAUGAUGCAGGGUGAGAAUGUCCCUGGAAAUAUUGCCGAGCUGAGAGACUUCUUCAUGCACCGCAGUACGACCACAUUCAGGUUUUACAUCUUCUAUCUCCUGGGGUUCAUGAGUGGCAUCUCGGGUGGCCGUGGCUCCAGAUUUAUGAUUGCCAGGAAUGCUGAUGCUGCUAUUUCCGCAAUUCACCUGCUGAAGCACUUGCUGGACAAAUCGCCCUCGGGUAUCUACUGGAGUUAUCUUAUCUCUCGUGCUCGCCCUAUGGGCCUUCAGCACCGCACGGCAGAGGAACUGGCAUUGGUUCGCCUUGCUUGUUUGAGCCGUGUCCGCGAUGCCCCGGGGCUGACCGCAUUAUGGCAUUCGUGGCAAGCUUGCACCUCUUCGGAAAGGAAGCUUCUUGUGGAGCAUUUUCUCAUGGAAGGAAUUCAGGAGCGUGCGUUUGUCCUUCAGUUCUUGCCAGACUGCAUAUCCUGUGCACGUGCUAACGCCUUGCUGGGUCUGACAGUGCUUCUGCAAGUCCUUGUGGAUCUGCUCAGCAACCUUUUCCCUGCGGUAGAGAACAUGCCUGUGCUGCGACGCAGGCAGAUAGUUACCGUCGAUCUGUCGGACUUGAGUGCCUUUGCAGCUGCCGUGCGCAAUAGGUUCAUCUUUCGCACAUGCAUCUCCCGUUGCAAGUUCCAUUGUACACAGACUGCAAUUCUGGUUCAGAUGGCCGAUGAGAACUGGACACGGGCACACCAGCAGGAGAAUGACUUCUCCAAUCUUGCAUAUGGUUUGCGCGACAUACUUGUUCAGCAGAGCUUUCCAGACGAGCCUCGUUCCGUAGAAGCUAUCGACACCGAAAGGGUGUGA